GGGCGUUCUCAUCCAAUAUGGCUGCGCCCAUGAAUGGAAAAUUUUUCAGUACAGAUCCAGCAGAGAUUAAGGACAUAGUCCUCCUCCUGACCCAGAAUGGACUUUGUCCUCGCUGUGUCCUCCGGUUCCUGGGAGAGGGGGAUACUGCAGUGUUCAGAGCCUCCAACCAGGAAUUGACCCAGAAAGUAAUAUCAUUGACAGAUGGUCAGGAGGAUCUAUUUACCUCCCUUCCGUGUCCUGCCUGUCUGGGAAUUCUCCAGGUGUACCUAGAGGAAGAGUUUCUUAACAGAAUUGUGGAGACAGUGAAAUCCAGUGAUCAUCAGUUCAAGACAUUCAUUUGUUCACUGACUACACCAGUGUGUUCACUUCUUAGAGAGCAUGCUUUCCUUCUGAUGCUAAAUGAAAAGUUUAAAUCUCUGUAUGAGUGUAAGUUGAUAGAGGACAUAGCGUCAGUUAAGGAUGUAUGGAAAUGGAGGAGUGGUCCUAUUUUAGCAGCGGCUCUAAAUGCACCUUUUGAAUUCAAGAGCAAGUUUGACAUUAUUCUCAACUUUACUUAUGACAAGUCGGACAAGGAAUGCACCUUCUUGUCCUACCACAGUCCAGCAUUAUUCAGGAAAAGGAAAAACCAACAAAAGAAUUAUGGAGAUACCUACACAAGGACUAAUGUAGCCAAAGUUUUAUCUGACAUCACAGAUGGAUAUUUCAGAAG